GAGACUCUAUUCUGUUGGGAUGUGCGUAUGUCCUGCACUCCAAACUGUGGGGAGGAAGCAGAAUUGUGGUGGCUUAAGAGUGAUGUCCUAGAACAGCUGGAGCAGAGUGGCUAAGGCUGGGUGUGCCCGGCCGAGGAACGGAGGGAUUGGGUCUGAAGAAAGAGCUUGGCUCCGUUUCGAGUAACGAGAGGCUUCCCAGAACUGGGGCCUGGGCGGAGAGUUGUGAGCUAGGGCCAGCUUGGAGGGGGCUGCUUAAAGAGAGAGGAGGUCCUUCCUUGUGAGAGAUCUUCCCGAAGAGUUUGGAUAACCACCUGUUGGGGAUUGUUGCUCAGCCCACUCCUUUCCUUAAGGAGCUUUGAGCAGGUGAAAUGGCUGAGGAUUGCUAUACAGAGCUGGAACAGGCAAUCCAAGUCCUGGUGGUCAACUUUUACAAAUACGUACCCAAGCACAGCCUGGUUCGGAACAAGAUCAGCAAGAGCAGUUUCCGAAAAAUGCUGCAGAAAGAACUCAACCACAUGUUGACAGACACGGGAAACAGGAAGGCAGCUGACAAGCUCAUCCAGAACCUGGACGCCAAUCAUGACGGCCGCAUCAGCUUUGAUGAGUACUGGACCUUGAUAGGAGGGAUCACCAGCCCAAUUGCCAACCUCAUACGCCAGCAGGAACAGCAGACCUCUGGCUAGCAUUCCCUUUUUUCUCCUCUCCCCUCCUCACCACACCAGGGCAUUUUGGCCUUGGACUUCAAUAAUUUAGGCUCCAGUCUUCUUCCAGGUCCCAUUCUUUCCCACCUUUUCCUUUUUCCCAUCGACUUCUCAUUUCUAAUGAACUGGGGGUGGUUGAGAUAUCCAGGGGACCCCCGUGGGGAGUCUCAGAGUCCCUUCCCCUUUUGCCACUUUGUCCAUCUCCUCCUCUCCUUUCCCUACUGUGUUUUCAGCUGAAAUAGUCUCUGGGUCUCCUCCUCUGGAGUUGCUCUGAGUUGGAGCCUUUGAAUACUUGAGGCAUCUUUGAUGUGAGCAGCAUCAAGUUAUUCCUAAACUCUGUCUCCAGUGAAGUGGGGACAAAGGAACAUCUGGUGGCGGGGGACUCGCUGCCCCUUGGUCCAUUAAAAACCCCAGCAGAGGCGUCAGCCUCCCUUCACCUAACAUUCUGCAAUAAAAGCUGGAUUUGGAGUCUAAACCCCCUUCACUAUUGUAUCCCUGUGUCACUCAUUAAAUUUCCCCAUUUCCUUUUGA